AUGCCUUCAAACAACAUUUGCUCUUCAAUAACAAAUACAAAUGACGAAAAUUCAAACGCAUUAAUUUCAACAGUAUGUAAAUCAACCGAUUGCCAUUGCGAAGGUAAUGGUGUUGUCACCAAUCAUACUACUUCACCGAAUAUCACCCAGAAAUGCUACAUCACUAAUUCAGGUUGUCACGAGGCAAUUAUAACGACAACAACACAGGAAGUUAAGAGACACAAAUGUCCACCUAAAAUUCAAAAGAUUCACGAACACAUUAGCCAGCCUACAAACUACAGUUGUACAUCUCAAUUAGGGAGUAUAUCAGGAAAUAUAAUGAUGAACCCGUGCGUAUGUAAUCUACCAAGAAGUUCGUGUUGCAGAACUCAUCAUUGCGCUCAUAACAAUGGGAACAUUCAGGUUACAUGCUGUAAUAAAUAUGCGAGCAGUGGAUGUGGCUGUUCAUGUUGCUGUUGCUCUACAUCAACUGUACAGACCACGCUAUACCCCGUAUAUAUGUCAUUUCCAUACAAUCAAGGAAGAAAUAUCAAUAUUCCCUACACAGUUUAUUCGAAUCCAUUCAACACCGCAUAUAAUCCACUCACAGACAACCAGUAUUCUUAUCAAUACUAA